AUGGAUGCUAUGACCCCCUUGCAGGUAUUUCCGUGCUCUCUUCUUGUUUAUUUUAUGAUUUCCUCAGCCCACUGUCUAACUAACUGACUCUUACAGAGCUUCUCCUGUCGUAGACUAGCGAGAGACUCUGUGACUGUGGUAGAACAUUCUUGAGAAUAAUUGAUUUUUUCUCUCUUUUUCCUUUCAAGUAGUUAGAGCAAGAAAUUGUCUGCGUUAUCUAUUUUUCUCUCUCCAUAUCGUUUUUUCCUACUUAAUCUGUCUCCCAUUUCAGGAAGUUAUGAUGGAGUUCCGCGCAGGGAAGAUGUUUCUUGAUGGGACUCGAGUGAUUCCUGAUACUCGCAAGGGCCUGGUCAGGAUAGGAAGGGUACGAUAGACCUAGGAUCAUGGGGUCAUGCAUCACGCCUUUUUUUUAAUUCUGCAUUAUUGCUCUCAACAUUUCCUGUUUGCCGUGAUUUAUGACGUGGGACAUAUCUCACCGCCUUUACAAAUUCCAGGGAGAGGAAGGACUUGUCCACUUUCAGUGGCUUGACCGGGGACACAACUCAGUGGAAGAUGUAUCCUUUUCCCUGUCAUAUUGUUUCACAAGAUGUGGAUGAUAAUCAAACAAUCAAAAGAAUAUGCUUUUUUUUUUUUCAAAUACUAGUUGUCGGCUCCAUAGCAUCCAGUUGUUUCAGUCUGACAUUCAGGAACUGUUUCCAUUAUAACCCCCCUGUUCUAUAUAUAACACGUUUAAUCUUAUUAACUGUUGCCUUCGAUUCUCAUUCGUCAUCUACUUACAAGUUUUGAAGUUUCAGUUGAUGGAACUAUCUAAUCUGUAUGAUGUUAUUCUAUAUAUAUGCUCGGUGGCACGUACCAUUUUACAUUAUUGAUCUCAUCCAAAGUUCAUUAUUCUCCUAUCGCGAAAUAUUAGCCUUAUUCUUGCCGAGUAUCAAUGAUCAUUGCAAGUUCAUGUUUUCUGUUAAUUCAAGAUGCUACAGGAUCAGAUAAUACUCCCUGAUGAGGCUGUUUUUGAGAAGGUACCUUUUAUUGUGCUCAAUUAAUUAAUUAAUAUUUUCUCCCUGUAGUUUAGACGUCCUUUUGUUAUUUGUUUUUUUGCUUGUUCAGGUCAGCCAGUCAUCCGAUAGAGUGUACAUUUUGAAGUUCAGCACAGACAAUAGGAAGUUUUUCUUCUGGAUGCAGGUUAGUUAGUUUUAUUGAGAACGCUUCUUUUCAAUUUCAUGGCAUAUUUUCUGUACCAAUGGCUUCUUUGCGUGCUGGAUAGUGUUUAUGUUGUUUGUACGUUCUAACCUCUAGUUAUCUGAGAGAUAUGUAGGAGCCAGACUCUAACAGAGACAUGGAAAUUUGUGACUCCGUCAAUGACUUUAUCAACAGACCUUUAGGUAUCUUGAAAAUUACAUCUUUAGAGCCGUGUAAUAUUUAUUUCGUUGUCGUCACCAUAUUCUUUGUUUACUUUCUCAGAUAUGCUUGCUGAGGAAGAGACUGAAGCUUUGGAUCCUAUGCAGGUGCCUGAAACUUCAGGAGACAAUGCAGAUGAUGAAACAUCGCCUAGGUGUGAUUCUGCUUAGGAAAUAAUGGCUAUUGUUUGAAAUAUUCAGUGAGAUAUUACGGGUCACUUACUCUCUUUUAAGUUUUAUGAUUUAAUGAAAUGAGAGUUUAAGAUUUUCUGGUGUUUAGGUUUAUGUCACUAGAUAUCUAUUUUUGCUAGCAUCUGGAUUAUGGGCAUAUGACGAAUACGAUAAAACUGCUUCUUGCAAAUAACAUAAUCUUUUGGAUCUUACAGAGGCAUUCGAUUAGAUUCUUUUUGGACGUUUAAUUCAUUUUGUUCUCAUUUAAUUUUUAUUUUGAUAUUUUAUCUGGAGAAAAACUUGCUUUUGAUAAAUCUAGGGACAUGCGUAUUAAUCUGUAGUUGAUGUUUUUCAUGUCAACUUUUAUAUGGUAUACGAUAUCAGAAAUGAAACUCUAUGGGAAACUUAAGUAAUGGGUUGUUUGGAUUAUCAAUUUUGAUGAGAAUAUGUAAAGGAAACAUAGUCAAGGGGGAAAAGUUUAUGCAAAAAGAUGAGGCAGGAAUCAUCAACUUCAUGUUUUUCAAAAUUAAAUGGCUGUGUACGUCUGUGAGACAUUGUCUUGGCGUGUCUGCUAGUCCUGCCUGUUCCUUAGACGGUUUCCAGAUAACGUAGAUUAUACGGUAGGUGAGAGAGGAGAGGGAGGCAUCAAUUUGCUUCUUCUCUUUCACCUUAAUUUUCUUCCUCUUUCUUGUGCGUAUCUUUGUGUAAGGUUUAAAUUGUCUCUUAGCUCCCCUUGUGAUGUGCUUUCAUAUUUCUGAUGGCUACUCAUUUGGCAGCCCCGCAAAUGACAUUUUCCUAUUUUGGACUUUUUAUUUAGCUUUGUCCUACCAGCUGUAAUUCAUAUUCGUUUAGUUUCUUUAGUCUCUUUUAAAACCUGUUUUUUCACAAUCUGAGAGCAAUGUUUUAGGCCAUAUUCCUGUUUCUUCUAUUUCAACUUUUUAAUUACCAUCCUAGUUUUUGGUUUAAUGCGUACUUGGUUUUGUGCUUAUUUCCUAUACACUGCUAAUACAACCAACCUAUGCUAAAUUAGAGCUCAUAUACAUUGAUCCAUGAUUCUUUUCUAUCAUAGAAUUCAUCUGACACAUUGUUCAAUGCCAGGAAAUUUCUCUCAUUCGAAAGUGUUUAUUCAUGUCACGAUUACAAUCGUCCCAUAUUCUCAAUACAUUGCGUUUUUCAAUUUGAUUUUUUCCAUAGUCUUGUUGAUGCUAACUUCGCAACAGAUAGGGAUGAAUUCAUCGUUGUUCAGAUGAUUUCUUUCUGUAGAAAGGAUUAAAUGCCCCAUCUGUCAACAGAAACUCCGGAUUAUGCAACUGUCUUAGUUUUUGCAUUUUCUUUGGCAGAGUGUUGGACCAUAACAUAAAUGAUCUACGUGGUGUUUAGAUCAGAACUCAGCCCAUUCUGGCUUUCUCAAUCUAGGAAUAAACGUAAAAGUAAAGGAAGAUUAGAGCGUAAAUGGAGAACGAGGUAAUAAAUUGAAUAAAAUAAAAUAAAAUAAGAAAUCUUUUCAGCGACUCCGGAUGGUUGGAUAUGACCUUGGGCGUCUGCUAUGCCUGCUGGUUCUACGACUCCUGUUGACCAUGUGGUCUUUCACACCAUUUCUUUUUUCCUUCCACUCCCCAACCUGCUUUUACUGCCCUUAGCCUCCGGCCACGUAUUUUUUAAGGUCCAAGUAUCUAUGAUGAUGCCAUGGAGCAAACUUUUGAUCGAAGUCAUUUGCUCUCUGUGUCUGUAUAGCCGUUGGACCCUGAAUCGUCCAAAUCUGACAUGUUCUUCUUUACUUCUCAGCCCUGGGAGCUCGCUUCAACAAAACCUUGCUGCAGAUGAAGCAACUUCAUCAGCCGGGCGUGUACAAUUAGCUGACUUGCAGAGAAUAUUGCGCCACAUUCAGCCCGCAGGUUUUUCCUCCAGAUGAAUAUUACACUUUUCGCAGAGUGAAUCAUUGUUUUUGUUAAUGUUCUGAGCAUCUUAUGCAUGCAUUUGGAUCAUGUCAGGUGCUUCGGAAGACCCUGACGAAGGUAAAUUCUGUCUUCUCCCGUUUUCUUUCAUCUCUCUGAUCAUUGCCCCUCAUUCUAUUGGAUGUUAGGCUUGGGAUUAGGAGAUAUCCUGAAGCCGGAUCUGCUUCUGCCGCUGAUUGAGAAUUUAACCCUGGAAAAGAGGCUCGUGUCACACUUGCCCGAGGUAUUAUUGGCUGGUCAGAUCCAUUAUUUUUGCAUUUCAUCAUUGUUGACUCCCUUCUCAGAGAACUCUUCCUGUCUUGUCUAUCACAGGGUUCAUGGACUUCCGAAGAGUUCAUGGAUGUGCUCCAGAGUCCACCUUUUCGGCAGCAACUUGAAACUUUUAGCCAUGUGAGGAACCACCUCCCAGUCACCAGACUGUUGCUCUUAUAAAAUUCUCAGAUUGUCUGACUUUGAUGCUUACAGGUUCUUCGAACCGGGCAAGUUGAUUUGACUCAGUUUGGAAUCGACCCUACUAAAUGUAUGUUGCGGUUGUGUCAUCAUAAUAUGUGAAGCACAAAACACACACACACACACACACACACACACACACAUGAAGCAGGCACCUACUUUUAGUAUGAAGCAGGGGUCAUGGCACAUGCAUCUCCAGCAAGCUGAACGCUUUUCUGAACCCCACUUGCAGAUAAGUUCAGCGUGCUCUCCUUCCUCGAGGCGCUGGAUGACUCGGUGGCCAAGUCGCCCGGAUCCGGCGACGGGGACGGGGAAACGAAGGCGCAGAGGAGUGGAGACGACAACGCGAUGGACGACAGCUAG